AAUGGGCGAUAGCUAUAUGAGGAUGAGUCCACCUUCAGUAGUUUUGUUACGCAAUCCGGCCAAUUAUACAGAGUUGAUCUUCUGAAGAGAUUAUUGAAGAUGCUAAAAAUAACAAGAGGACCUUGUUUUCGGCAAUGGAAUCAGUCAUGAACAUGAUGAGAGAAGUUGAACUUAAAGAGAAAGCUGCAGAACAGGCCAAGGAGGAAGCUGCUAGGGGAGGUUUAGAUAUUCUCAUUAAAGUUGAGGAGCUCAAAAGGAUGAUGAUGCAUGCAACUGAAGCAAAUGACAUGCAUGCUGGGGAAGUGUAUGGGGAGAAGGCAAUUUUAGCUACUGAAGCGAGGGAACUUCAAACUCGCGUGCUUAGCUUACAAGAAGAAAGAGAUAAAUCUCUUGCAAUUCUUAAUGAGAUGUUUGAAACCCUGCAAGCAAGAUUAGCUUUUGCUGAGGAAGCUAGGAAAGCAGCUGAGCAGGAAAAGCUGGAAAAGGAAGAAUCUGGACGAGUUUUUCUUGCAGAACAAGAAGCAAUUAUGGAAAAAAUUGUCCAAGAGUCAAAGAUGCUACUGCAGCAGGCAGAUGAGAAUUCCAAGUUGCGGGAGUUUCUUAUGGACCGUGGUCGCAUUGUUGAUUCUUUGCAAGGAGAAAUUUCUGUUAUUUGUCAGGAUGUGAGAUUACUGAAAGAGAAGUUUGACAAUCGUGUGCCAUUGAGCAAAUCCAUUUCAUCAAGCCAAACUAGUUGCAUCUUAGCCUCUUCUGGCUCAUCUCUUAAGAGCAGCGCAGUGUCGGAUCUGGUCCCAGAACUGUGUGAGACACCAAAGUUGUCAGAGAAGAGAAGCUCAUCCUCAAGUAAAGGUGAAUCACCAAAAGGCAAACUUGAGACUGAGAAAACCAGAGCAGACCGCAAAGAACUUUUGGAAGAUGGAUGGGAUUUCUUUGACAAUGACACAGAUCUGUACAACAGAGCUUUAUAAGUUGCAGAAUAAACAAACUCCUUAGACAUUCCUUUGUUAGGUUACAUAGUUGAAUUUCUUUGUAAGGGUAAACGCCAAACAGGUCUCAGAUUUUAUUAUUGGUUCAUAUCAAUUGAAAUCUUUAGAUUUUGUAUGUGAUCUUGAAAGCUUUUCUGUUGUCCAUGUCAAUUACAGUUUUGGGA